GAUCUCUGGGGCAGGACUCCCUAGGAAACGCUAUAGGGUUGGAUCAUUGUAAAGGCAGCUCUCUACCAGUCCAUGUAGGCCAGGGGGAAUUAAAUAAAAUGAAAGAAGCGCACAGUCCAGAGCAACUCCCCUACACACCAAGAGAUCCCAGCAAGGCUCGGUUCUGAAUUCCCUCACUCAGCACCAUGCCUGUCGAGAAGGGUGAGGAGAUGGAGAAGAGGUCUUGGAGUAAGAACAGAGGGAGGCCGUGCAGAGAUACCAGCAAUAAGCAGGUGCCUGACUGUCAGGCACUAGCGCUACCAGCAAAAGAGCCUGUGGACAGGAAUCUGCAAAGUCCAGAGAUGCCUAGAUCUCAAAUCCCAGAAACUGUGCAGCAUCCUCGGACACCGGCCCCGUGGUCCAGACAGAGGACUAGCAGGCUGAAGCAGGAGCCUGCAGCAGGUGAUGGGAGGGCAUCUUCACUCCCCACCUCUACCAACCUGUCCAACCAGGCAGAGACUGCAGCUGCAAUGGCUGUGGGAGGAGGAGGAGGAGGAGACCAUCAAAACCUGCAGGCAGAAAGCAUCAUGCCAGCUCAAAAGAAGGCAAAGCCUCUGAUCCUGAAGGAACCAAACAGUGCCCAGGCAGCAGAGGUUCUCAAGAACUUCCUCAGUCACUUUCUCACCUAUCUGCACAAUUGCCCGGACAGGCCCUACUUCAGAAACUCCAGACAACAGCUUCCAGGCAGCAGCUAUGAGUACGAAAAGUUCUUGCAUCCGGGGGAGUUUGAAGUUCUCCUGAGCAUCCCUGUCCCAGAUUACGUCCAGUACACUGAGGUGGAAGGCUACGGUGGCCUCUUUUAUACCCUGACUCUCUUGAGAAAGUCUCGCAGCUUCCCAGCAGCCCUCCUUCUGGAAGAUGGGAAGACCAUCUCCCCGAGACAUAUCAUGGAAGAAUUCUGGAAGCAUAUCGAUCAAUUUCUUCAAGUUUUUUAUUCAGUGCCUUUUCCAGGUUGGCAGAUGAGGCUGGAGAAGAGGAAACCAAACUGUCCAGAGGUGAGCCUGGUGAUGCUGGAUAACCAAGGUGCCAGGUUCAUGUCUGUGAACCUCGUCCCUGCCCUGGAGAUAAUUGGCCAAUGGCCAUGCAUGAAGAAGGCCAAGGAACUGCUUGAGGAGAAAAAGCUGCUGCAUCUGAUGAGGGUGUUUUAUUUCGUAGCCAAACAGUCCCCUGGGAGACACAACAAAGAGACCUGGAGAAUUUCUUUCUGUCAUGUGGAAAAAGAGAUUUUGAACCGCCACAGCAGCCCCCAAGCAUGUUACCAAUACCACAGGACAGAGUGCUGCAGGAAAGAUUGCUUGAAGAUGCUGGAGGACCUUGUAGAUGCUCUCAAGAUGCAAUACCCUCAAAUGCUGGCUCACCUGACUUCCUACCAUCCUCGUACGUCCUUCCUGCACACCCUCUGGGAGUGGAAGACUGAUCAAGACUGGAAACCCUCUGAGGUCACUCAGUGUUUUGAGAGGGUCUUGGCCAAUUUCAUCCACGAGGUGGCCACGGCUCACCUGGCCCACUUCUUCCUUCCCAAAUGCAACCUGUUUGGGGCAAAGUUCUUUCCACCCACAAAGCUGAAAUUCUUAUGGGCGCAGCUGAAAGAAAAGGAAGGAACUCUGAAGACGUUCACCGUGUCCCGCAAAAGAGGCUGUUCUGCCCUGAUUGUGAAUCCUGACAUGACCUGGCCUCUCAUGAUCACCCUUGGCCUGAUAGUUCUGGUGUCAGCUGUUCUUCCCCCAAAUGGAAACUUAAGGAUAUAGGGAUACCAGCUUUCACUGUAUUAACACAGAAAGAAAGCGCGUUUUAGAAUUGUUGUUUGUUAGUGGACAAGCAAAGUCAUUUAGUCCUGAUCUGACUUGCAACAGAGUGGAGGGUUGUUUCUGAUGUAAAUUUUUGCCUCUGCAGCAGUGCUUUAGAAUAGUUUUCUAGGAAGGAAUUUGUAUGGGAAAAUGUGUAACUGGCCUGGAAAAUCCACAAGAAGUUUACACAAGAAACCUGUGAGCAUGGUAGCAGGUUCUUGCCAACUCCUGUUCUUGAUCCUUCCUGCAAAAUCCAUAUGGGGAUCUUUCACUCAUUUUCUAACCAUAUUUCUCUUCCAGAUUUUUCACAAGGAGGGAAACAUUUUACAUCUGUCACCCCUGCCUUUCCCCAGAGAUAGAUUAUAUGGAAAGCCCUAGCACAUGGUGCUCAAUUUCCCUGUGACACAUUUGCCCCUUUAUGGUUUGAUCUUAGAGUACAAGAAAAGCAAAAUAUGCUUGGAGUAUUAUGGUGAAAUCAUAUUCUAGAACAAUGCAGGGAUAUGGCCCUAUUCCCAAUGAAAGGCAAUCCCAUUUCACUACCACUUUUGAGCAGAUCUUUGCACUCUGUUUAGAUAGAAAUUGCUCCCCGAGAAUGUUGCCUUGUGGACUGAUGGUCUGUCCUAAAUUUAAUUUCUCUGUGUGUCUCUGCCCAUAACAUCCAUCUAUUGGCUAUGUUUCACCAGGGAAGGCUGCAUUUAAGAAUGUGCAGAUCUAGCAUUCAGCUUUCCCCAGUCUGGUGCCCUCCAGAUGUGUUCAGACUACAACACAACUCUCAUCAGUCCCAGACUGCAUGGUCAUGCUCCAUCAGACCCAGUAUCAUGCUGGCUGAGGCUGAUGGGAGUUAUAGUCCAAAUGAUCAAAAGGGCAGGGCACCAGGCUAGGGAAUGAAGGCUGCAACAGUGUCAUCGGCCUCUGCUUGCUUGAGUAUUACUUGAAUGACAAAUAGGCUGUCCUAGUUUGGUUUGAGAGAUUUCCAAGUUCGUGAACGACAUAAAAAUACAGUUUGUGUUCAUUUCCCCCUGCUUGUUUGUUUAUUGGUG